UUACUUAAAAACUGUCAACCGGAUAUGUUUUUUUUUUAUCAUAAUUAUUUACCUGGAGGUAAGAUAGGGUACCCCCUGGAGAUGUUGUUGAUACGAAUUCUGCUUACUUGUUUUAUUUUGAUAGAAUACUGUACAGGUCAAAAUGCUCCACAUGAUGAGGUUAAAAUGGAAGUAAAUCACAGACUGAAAUGUACAGAAAAUGAAACACAAACCAUUGCAUGUCGGAACGGAGGGACAUGUUUCGCAACUUUCAUAGAAGAAAGAUUUGUUCGCUGUGCAUGUGUAAAAAAAUAUACUGGUAAAUUUUGCGAAAUGAUAGAUAUCAAUAUCAUUUUUAAAAGAGAACGAGAAGAGAAAACAACGAAUGCAGGAUUGAUUGCUGGUAUUAUAACCAUUGUGUUACUCUUUACUGUAGUCAUAAUUAUAUUAAUCUGCAAAAAGAAACAUAAGAGAGGGACAAAAUUACCAGAUAUAAAACCGGAGGAAGAAGAUAAUUUAAAGGCGGAAGUAACAGAGGAAAGUUAAUAACUUACUCGCAAAGAUAUAAACUACAGAAACUAGUAGUAACAUACGAAGAUAGCUAAAUAUCAAACUUUGUUAUUUUUGAUUUACAAAGUUGCGUUUUGUGUAAACCAGAAAAUACAGCCAGUCACAAAAGGGGAAAUAAAUGUGGCAAAAUCAGUGUUAGACAGUACAAUUUCCGUUAGACACUGAAAAAUUAUAUUAGGAAAAAAGUAGAAUUUUCUCUCCGUGACAUUGAUUUCCCAGGUGAUGAAGUCAACGUAUGAGUGCAGAUUGGCUGUCUGAGUAUUGCAUAUUUUCUUCUGAAUGAACAACUGUUAUAAAUUUUAGAAUACGUGCAAAUAAAUGU